GGAAGGUGCGGGGGGAAUGUGAAAUUUACACGUGAACCUCUUCUACAUUCUACAUUACUUCUGUUGUGGUGUAAGGCAUGUGUGAUUUGUAACAUAAAGCUUGAAUUUAUUCGACAUAAAACGGUAUACCGCGAUACACUCUUUAAAAUGGAUAUAAGAAAUUUAUUCGUAUUGCUGUUUGUAAUUAUUGGAGUGAAUUCUAAUAAUGAAGAAGAAAGUGGGCCCAGGCUGUUGGUAUCUAAACAUAUUUUAAACAAAUAUUUAGUUGAAAACAUGGACAUCUUGAUAAAGUACACCAUAUUCAAUGUGGGAAGCUCUGCUGCGAUUAACGUUCACUUGGCCGAUAGAGGUUUUCAUCCAGAUGCUUUUGAAGUGGUUGGCGGACAGUUAAGCACCAAGAUUGAUAGAAUCCCUCCUCAAAGUAACUUCACUCAUGUCGUCGUCGUGAGACCGACAAAGUAUGGGUACUUCAACUUUACUGGGGCACAAGUAACUUAUGAGGUGGCAGAAGAUGACGCCGAGAUUCAAAUGGCAGUCAGCAGUGAACCAGGUGAAGGUGCAAUCAUCGCGUUUAGAGACUACGAUAAGAAAUUUUCAUCACAUGUCUUAGACUGGUUAGCAUUUGCCGUCAUGACUCUACCAUCGUUGGCAAUUCCAUUUUCCUUAUGGUUCCGCAGUAAAAAUAAGUACGAAAAUUUAGCGAAGCCCAGCAAAAAAGGACAUUAAAUUGUUUCUUCAUUGUAUAUUUGAUCAUUACAAUUUUUUAAGUUAUUGAUUUUGUUACAUCAUUUGUUUUAUAUAACAUUCAAAUUUUUACCAUCGUGGUGUACCUGUACAUUUGAAAACACGUAAAUGAGAAAUAUAAGGGUAUGAUUUGUA